UGUGCUGAUUUACUCAGGAUAGCACAGGUUGUGAUUAGCCUUUCAUGUCUGCUCUGGACUCACUGGCCCAUGAGAGGGCAAAAGAAGGGGGUGGGGAGAACCCUAACUGGAGGGGGGAAAAUAGGGAAUGUGUUUGUUCAUUAGGAAGUUUUCUGAGGCUGUAGGAGAUUAAGACUGUAGCUGUUUCCAAGUGAGUGGCUUUUUGGAUCAGGUUCUUGUUGGUGGGUCCGGUUGCCUGAGCUUGUUAACUCGGGAUAGGCAAGAGUUUCUCUUUGCCACCUAAACGUGGAAUACUUUGGAAGUCCUUGAAACUUUCCAUUGGACAAUUUUUUUCUGGGUUCUCAGGAAGAACAGAUUGGCUUUGAGAUCUGGCAGCUUUCUAAACCAAGGACUGGAUUUGGUUUAUCCCACCUUGGGAAGUGAGGAAAGGAACAAGGGGUUCCCUUGAAUACUUUCCCCCAUUCCCAAGCAAAGCUUCCUCAUCAGGGGGCGGAGUGUUUGCAUCCAUUUAAAAGGAUAACCAAGGAAACAUCAAGAUGAGCAUGACAGAUAUCCUCUCCCCUAAGGACAUCGAAGCAGCUCUGUCCAGCUGCAAAGCUGCUGGCAGCUUUGACUAUAAGAUCUUCUUCUCCAAGGUUGGCUUAUCUGGCAAGACUCCUGAGCAGGUCAAGAAAGUUUUCAGUAUCCUUGACCAGGACAAAAGUGGCUUCCUAGAAGAAGAUGAACUCCAGAACUUCCUGCAGAACUUCGCCCCAGGUGCCCGAACUCUGACACCUGAUGAGACCAAGAUUUUUCUCACAGCUGGAGAUUCUGAUGGUGAUGGCAAAAUUGGAGUGGAUGAAUUCCAAAGUAUGGCGAAGUCAUAAAUGGCAUUAGACCAAAAGGCAACAUAUGGACUGACUUCAAAUUUUCCUCCAUUAAGCACCUCCUUGGCACAUCUUAGUACAUUUUUGUAUUUGUCAUAUGCCAUUCGUAAAAUGGCUGUGUGUUGUUAAUUCACAAAUGCAAUUGUUUUCAAGAUCUUGCAAUGUACAGGUAUUUGGGUCAUGUGGUGUUGUAUCUAAAUAAGGGCACAGACAGCAGCAUAACUGUGAUCAGUCACACUGUUAAAGCUGUAGCUGGGAUAAGGGUAAAGCAAACAAUAAAAAAAAAUCU